GUGACAAUUUUCUCCACCCUUUGUCCCUAGAAAGGGAUUUCAAUAGUCACAAGUAAGAAUAGUCAAAACCCCGUUGACAAACACUUCCUUUAGUGUUUCUCAGGAGAAGCCAUUUCCCUAAUCAGAAAAGACUGAAACUUCGUUUGCUAUGCAAUACUCCUUCGAUUUCAAUGGCUUCAACGCUCCAAAAGCUCCUCAGAAAACAACCAGCCACAAGAAUCAUAGCUGCUUUACAUAACCCAGAAGCCCCAAAUCCCACAGCGCCUCUUAUUUUCCACCAAACCCAUCUCACCGAACCCAAGUCAUUAAGCCCUUUUCUGGGUUCACCAAAAGCAGAGAACUUGACCCAUUUCCAGUUUUCGCAGAUUUACCCAAGUUUCCCAUUUGGGUUUUGUCUAAACCGGAUUUGCUCAACUGGGUCGGUCCCAUCAGAGGCUGAGGAAGCGGCUUUGGAUGAUUCCAGAACGGUGUGGGCAGAUAGUGUGAAGAAGAAGAGGAAGAAGAAGAUGAACAAGCACAAGUACCAGAAGCUGAGGAGGCGCCUCAGGAGGCAGACUUAGGGAUGGCUUUCAUAGGUGAGAGUUGAUGAUGUUUUGGGGACUAUCAGAUUUGCUGAUUUUGUUUAAUCUGAAAUUUGUAGUUUUUGAUAUAAAAAAGUUCACACCUUUAUUAUUCUUAAGUAGCAAAGAUGGUGGAAGAGAUUGUUUAAAGCCUAAUUGGGGUUGUUUUGUAAUGUUACUUUUUCCUUUUGGUAAUAAGAAGAAUUUUUGGAGUUCACUUUGCAGUUAA